AAUGUUGAUGAAAUUCAAUAUCCCAUGUUGUGUGUUGUAUGCAUUACUAAGUCUCUAAUAUCACAGUAAAUGUGUUAAACUUUCGGGUCAAAACUACUUACACUCUUGAUUAGAUCCAUGACUAUUCAUUAUUGUGAUUGAACGAAUUUUGCAACAUGACACUACUAAUGAAUGUUAAAUUGUAUAGUCUUUGCAUCAAUCCACCGGAAACCUAAUGUUUUCCAGCAUUCAACCCUUUUUGUUUUGUCUGUUGUUUUGUAAUAUAUACUACCCAUCGCCAUUACUGAAUUCAAAGGGUAGGACAAGUGGAAAUGUCAGAGAAAAAAUCCCCACCUCACAAGGACAAAUCUGCCUUGAGCAAACUUGUACCAAACGAUGGCAAAUUAAACAAAAGGAAAGUUGUGCCUCCAACAUCUCCCACAGAAGAGGAUGCGGAGAAAAAAGCUCAACAACAGGUAAAACGUAAGCGUCUAACUAUGCCAGAAGGAUCACCUGAACAUGUGGGGAUAGGGUCUCCUCGUGGUGCUGGCAGUGUUUCUCGUCUCAAUGUGCCUCUGUCUGAGAGACAACAGAUGGCGCUCUUAAUGAGAAUGCAAGAUGAGUCCACUGUAGGAGAUGCAUCACCCAAGUCUCCUUCUUCAGGAGGUCAGGUUAGCUCUACAAAGCGCACUCCCGCUGACAAGAAAGUCAAUAAAAGAAAUGAGCGUGGAGAGGCUCCCUUACAUAUGGCUGCCAAAAAAGGUGACUAUAAGCAAACAAAGCGUUUGAUAAAAGCUGGAGCCAGUGUCAAUAUGAAAGACUAUGCAGGCUGGACAGCUCUACAUGAAGCAUGUAAUUCUGGCAACUUGCGAGUUGCUCGUUGUUUGCUGAAAGCUGGUGCAGAUGUAAAUGUUCAAGGUUUUGAUGAUGACACCCCAUUACAUGAUGCCUCAAGCAAUGGACAUAAAAAGCUUGUCCAGCUGUUACUUAGCCAUGGGGCCAAUCCCCAUCAACCAAACCUUAAAGGCAAAACUGCCAUAAAUGUGGCUUCCAACAGUGAAAUAGAGGCCCUCUUGAAAGGAACAAGCAGUUACAGUGAUAUUGAAACUGAGGACUCGUCUUCGGAUAGUAAUACUUCUAGUAAAGAUGAUGAUCGCAAUAACCUUGAUGAUGAGUUUAAACCACAUGGUACACCAAAUAAGCAAGACCUUGCUGGUCCACUCCCUUCAAUAUCUUCUACUGUUGGAUGUUCUACCUCUCUUAGUGUGGUAGGAAACUCCUAUGUAAGGCGGCAGCAUGUUCCUCCCUCACCUGAUAAAUUAGCUGCCUCUACUCGGCUGCUUAUGAAAUUACAGACCAAAAAAUCUUCAAAUGUGGACGAUCAACCCAAGACAGAGUGGGAUGUCUUGACGGUUGACCCUGGCUGUGAGGUGUCUUCAGAAAGUGAUUCUAAUUCAUCUAGACUUUUGUUUGAUCGGCAAAAGCCUCCAAAAUUAGAAGACACUAAACUGAUACAGUCAACAUCCCUUCGAAUUGGUAGAGCUCAUGUUAUGGAUGAUGGUUGCCCUGAUUCAACAGUCACACCGCAAGGUGCUUCGGUGUCAACUUUUAUUCCUUUAGAAAGAACUGUUACUGAACCAUUUACGCCACGUGGGAUUGAUAAUUUAACUACUAACAGUGAUGGUGAAGAACUUUGUGAUGUGUUUUCUAGUACUCAAAGCGGUAACCCUAAAACCUCAAAUAUUUUCAAUAGCACAUCUCUCUGCUCAAACUUAAGUCACCCUAGUGACACCAGCAAGCAAAUUUCUCUGCAGACAUGUCAGCCACCUCGGCCGCAGCUACAUUCAUCUCUUUCAGUGCAGCAACAGCAUUCUCAGCAACACAUUCCUGGCCAAAAUGUCACACAUAUAGGGUCUCGGCACAGUUCAAAGUUACCAAAUGCAACACAGACAUUACCCAGCUCAAGUAUUGGCUUGGACCAAUCAGGUGUUUCAUCUUCAUUUCAACCUUCGUCCACAUCAUCACAUUCUCAGCGUAUGGGAACAUCUUGUCAGUUUUCUUUAGUGUCAUCAUCGUCUUCUUUGCCAUCUUCAUCAUUAUCAUCCUCUACAGUAUUGGGCUCUGGAUUACCCCAUCAUCCACUGCACUCUUCAGCAUAUCAGACAGGUCACAGCACAGUUUUAGCUCCCUCCAGCAGUUCACAUGUGUCGUCAGACUCUAGACCAGGGACAGUUCCUACCUCUCUACCAUUCCAACCUUUCUCAGCAAGAGGAAACAAAGGUGGUGGUAGCAUUGUGACUGGUCUAAGUGACAGGGCUAUCGCAGCCUCAGGAAGUGCAGUUGUCUCAUUGGUGUCAACAAUGCCAUCUGCCAGUCACAUCACCUCCAUGGAGCUUAGCAGGGGGGCUCGCUUGGAAGAAAAAUCAGACACUAGCAGCUGUGAUUCUCCCCUUAGGGUUGACCAAGAUGAUUCUAAUCCUGUUUCUUCUGAACAGGGCAGUAGACCUUCAACCCCCAAAGUUCCUCCACUCAAAAUCAUCAUGCCACCCAAAGUUGGUGGGCCUUCUGCUAAUGUUUCAAAACCUUUAACCAAACCAGCACUUCCAUAUGUGGUGAAUCCCAUCACAGAAAGCGAAGGCUGGGAUGUCUCAGAUGAAGGGGAACAAAGAGCAUUACAGAGUUGUUCCCUUACAUCUAAUCAGGAUGGUGGGGAUGUCUCAACUUCUCGACCUUCUUCUAGAUCUGGUGCUGGAGUUUCCUCAUCAGAUGUGAAAAAUGAACAAAAUGCUAGGAAUUUAGACAAUGAUGAGACAGCAUCUCGUGAAAGUGAUCUGCGUGCUGAACAGACAGACGGAUCAGGUGGUAAAUCAGAUGAAGGCAAGGAGAAGAGGCCAACCCGUACACUACGCUCACAUACAGCUAUGAUGCAGCAACAGCAAAAGGCUGAGAGACCCUCAGAAAAAGAAAAAAAUGGUGGUACAGAUGUUAAAGAAGAGGUGGAUAAUUGCAGUACAACACGGUCACAAAAGGGAGAUGAAAUUGCUGCUGAUGACUCAAGUUUCCCACCAAGAAAAAGAAAGUUGCGAAAUAAAACAGAACAGCAGACUCAUUUGGUUUCAACUGGUAACACAACAUCAUCAAAAACAAAUCAACCAUUGGAAAAACCACCAAACCCUUAUGAAACAUAUCUGAAUCUUCGGAGAAGGAUAGCUUCACGGCACCGGACACUUUGUAAUGUUGCACCCAAACCUCCAACUGGUUUUAAAGAUUUUUUAAUGGUCAACUGUACUUAUAUUUUACAAGGCAAUUCUACAAGUACUUUGUCAGUUCCAAUGCUACCUCCACCUAAUCUGGUCACUGAGCCUAUGAGAGAAUUUUUCAUACAACAAGAAAAAGAAAGAUACAGAUUAAGGCUGCAGCAUGUAAUUGAAAGAGAAAAACUGAUGUUGUCCAUUGAACAAGAGAUUCUGAGGGAACAUGGCCGUGCUGCUAGAGCCAUGGCCAAUCAAACAUUACCAUUCAGUGUUUGUACAAUUUUAAGAGAAGAAGAAAUCUAUAACCAGCAGGAAUUAGAACAAGUUGAAGACAGAGAUAAAAAUGUCCGGUCUCGAUACAAUGGUCGGCAGUUUCUUUCUUGGCUACAAGAUGUGGAUGAUAAAUAUGAAAAAAUUAAGCAACUUCUUCUGCUGCGUCACCACCACGAGGCAGAAUCUCUGUAUGCUGUUCAGAAACUAGACUGGGAAUGGAAGCUGAAAGAGUGUGGGCUGUGUGACCACAAAAACACUCCAGUUAUUGAUGACCUCCAUGUACCUAUGGUGACAGUUAGCGAUGAGUUUGAACUCCUACCCAACUCCUAACCCAGGCCUUUUGUUUUCUUCUUGUUGUUGUUUUUUUCUGGUUUGGUUUUCUUGUUGUUUAUCAUCAUGUUAAAACAAUUUUUUCAUGGACUUGUAUUUUAUUCUUUUAGCAGGAAGGGCUUUCAAUGAGAGAUUGUAUUUUUUUGUAGCUGAUGUUGUGUUUGCUUGUAGCAGAUGUUUUGUUUGCUUGUGCAGUGAAUGUAGAAUUUUUUUUUUUUCAUUAAGGAGCUAACUUAGAACUUUUGACACUAUAAGCAAAAUGACUAAAUAAAUGUCAUGUGACCAAAAUAAUAUGCUAGAGCUUUAUAUUUGUUGUUAUAAGCUACACUUUGAGGAUUUACAAUCUAACCUUGCUAGGCCACUUCACACAGUUUUCUUGCAGAACUUAAAAGGAACUAUAUAUGUUGACAAAGUCAUGACUAGUCAUGAGUUUUUGGUAUAUAGAAUUUGGUGGAACCAUAUUGUCAUUUGUAUUUGCUUUAUAGAAUUUGUUUGAUCCACAUCAUUCAGAUUUUGUACAAAUUAAAAAGAUUUGCUUGGAAAAGUGUGAGCGUGUGAUUUACUGUAAUUGCUAACAACAUUAAUUUGGAAAAGGGGGGGGGGUAUACAAGUUGUAAAGACUCCAUUGAAGCUCUAGAUAUUUUCUUUAGACUGACAUUUCUGAGUGAUGGUGUAUGGAUUGAAUUUUUGUUUUAAUGUCAACUAUAUGUAUAAUCUUUUUAUGGGCAUUAGCAGCACUAGUACAGUUCCAAAAGAUGAUAAUGACAAAGGAUAUUGAAACAUAGUUUAUAUUUAAAUCUUAUUAGAGAUGAUUGUUAGCAGUCAUUUAAUUAUUCCUUAUGUGCAUAUUUUAUUGGAAAUCCAGCCAAUUAAUAAAAGUUACUUACAUUAAAAAAAUGUAUAAGCCCAAAUAUGUACACUCUCUAAUUUUAUGAAUGUUGGCUUUUUAGCUACUAGACUAGUCUAAUAAUUGGCUGUAUGUUAUUGAAUUCUAAGCCUUUAGUCUCAACCUAGAUCUGACUCUACCAAUAGCUGAGUUUGACAGCCCUCAUGUUUUAAUCUUGUUUCAUAUUGUUUAUGCUUGUACAUACAUCCUUGACCAAUUAGCCAAAGCUAGAUCUUCUACUUAACCUUUUACCUAUCAGUGAUAUAUUUUCAACUCAAAUUAUUGUCAUUUAGAUAUUUUUUUUUUUUUACAAUGUUGUUGUUGUUAAGGAAAAAAAUUAGGACAAAAAGUUUUUUAAUAUUUGAGAGCAUAAACAGAUGUAUUUAGAAUCAGCAGGAAGACAAUACAUUUUUUUAAAUGUAUUUUUAUUGUAUGUAUAAUGUGUAAUAGACAGUGAUAUUUUUGCUGAACUAGCAGGUGUAAAAGCUAUUUACAAUUAUGAUCUUUUGAAUUGAUUUAAUCUGAAGAAAUUUUUUUGAAGUUCUAAAUAGUCGUAGGUUUUGAAUUUUCCACCAUUUUUUUUUUUUUGUUUUUUUGCUGGAGGUAUUGGCUACAGAAUCUUUAGACCUUAUAUUCAAACAAGCAUACAAGUCCAAUAGAGGCUUCAAAUCAGGGCUUAGUAUCGAAUGUCUCCAAUGAAAAUAAUUUCACAAUGGGUCUGUGUACAUGUUGUAAUAAUAUUUUUUUAAUGAGCAAAUUCCUUGUGUAUGAUUGUAAACAAUUUAGCUAUGUAAGUUGUCAUAAAAAAUGAUGACUUUUAACAAAAGUGUCUAGUGGCUGCAGUCUUGUAACCCAAUGUUCACUCAUGUUCUUGUCUGUCUCUACCAGUUUCACAUUCACCAGUGCUCAUGGCUUUGUUGUUGCCGCCAUUUUUUGUUUUGUUUAUAAUACAAAGAUGUAUAUAAUUUUCAUGAUUUACAUUUUAUAUGUAUAUUUGUGUGAAUGUCUUUGUAUAUAUAUUAUAUAUAUACAUACUUUAUAUUGAAAUAUGUAUAAAUAUAUAAUCUCUAUAUAUUUAUAUAUAUAUCUGAUAUGUAAAGUAGUGGCUUGUUGCUUUGAUUGAUUUACCUCAAAUUUAUAGAUAUAAAAGAAAUAUUUUUCUAUUUAACACGUUGAAAAAAAACAACAAAAAAAAAAUGUUUCAUUCACAAGUCACUCUUUUUCUCUCAUCAUUAGUUGUAUUAUUUGUUUGUUAUCAGGAGUCCUUUUUGUAACAAUUUAUUGUUGAAGUGUUGUAUGAACAUUGUUUUCUAGAUAUUCUCUACACUUGUCUUGGGAGUUUUCAGUAAAAAUCACACUUUUUGCCAUUUUGUCAGUCCCCUUUGUUUUGUUUUCAAAGCAAAUGUGCUACUUUGUUUUCACCCUCUCCCCUUCUUGUCUUACCCUUUCAAAUCACUUCUUUAUCAUCUCUUCAUCAGUAUGGCUCAGUACUUUCUUGUGUGCAUUAGAAAUUAAAAGAUUUGGGAUAAAGUGGAUUUCUUGAGACCAAAAGCUUCUGUUGUUAGUUAAGUGUUUUUAAAUUGUCAUUCAUUUAGUAAUUAUUGUUGUCCAAUUAAUUGGUGGGUUUGUGUGUGUGUGCUGUAUUAUUUGAAAGCACUGUCCCAUUUUGAACUUUAAUUAUUGGUAAUUUUCAUUAAAUAGACAAUAAACUUGUGAUUAAUUUUUUUUUUAAUUUAGAGUUCAUUGCUCAUAGUUCUUCAUGGGAAACAUUAUCAUUAUUAACUUUUUUUUAUUGAUUUUAAAUUUAUCUUUUGUUUAACUUCUUUUAUUGUUUCAAUAAGCUUUAAAAAAAGAACAUUGGAUUUUAAUUUUAAACAUCUUGAAAACUGUCAAUUUCUUUUGGUGUGCUGUAAACAUUAUUAGUAUUAAAACAUGCUCUGCCUAUUAGGGGCAAAAAAUAAGCCUAAAAUGUUUCAUCUGUUUAUUUUGUUUAACCACUUGUGAACUCAGUAGAGCUUGUUUUUUUGUUCAUUAUUAUUAUUUUGCUUUAAUAAUUUUUGAUGAUUUAAAAUCAGUUGUACAAGCUUUUAAAUAGAUUUUCUCAACCAAAUUGUGUGUGCGGUUUCAGUAACUUGAGAGAGUUGUGACCUUCAUUUGUCAUAUGUUUCAUAUCAUUUUGUUAUUAGUUUCCACUGCCAAUUCUGGUUCACCACAUCAUGACAUACAGUGUUGUACAGUGUCAACCAAUGACUUAUGUUUGUGUUAGAUUCUAAUUUUGUUGACUUCUUACUUGAUGUACAGAUUAGUGUGUGAGUGUGUGCAAGGCUUAUUGGAAUAGUCAACAAUUUGAUGUCUCUUUGUUGCUACUAAUUCAAUGUGUCCAGUAAAUCUAGAGUAAACCAAACAAACAAAAAAAUAAAUAUAUUCAUGUGCUUUUAUGUAGAACUUGACUUUCUUUGA